GUCACAUUUGCUGUUGGACUCACAGCUCAAACGGGGAGAUUUUAUCAACUCCCUCAACCAUUUAGUAAUUUUGUAGGCAGACCUACAAACCUGUAGGAAGAUCGGGAAGACACGUCUUCUUAAGGACCGUUGGAGGCACUAAAAAUUCAAAGCCCAGCUGAUAGGUGUGGAAGAGAGGAUUGCCGUGCCUCAGCUGUUUUACUCACCGGGGCUGCAGUAGAAGUGCCAAGUACGAAAUCCAGAAGUGAUUUCCAAAUAGAAACAAAACUAGGGUGGAAGGACCUGGUAGAACCUGCAGGAUGAACAACGAACACCACAACGGCCUGGCCAACAUGGAAGAAAUCCCGUUGGAGGAUACAGACAGAAGCAGCGUAGAAUUCCGAGUCCUGAUGGUCUACGCACAGCGUCGACUGUCUGUGAGCAAAUAUGGGCAAAUAUUAGAAAGAAAACCCGGAAUCCAGGAAGAAAGGAGAGAGGUUGUGCAAGCUGACACUCUAGCCAAAGGAGGAGAAGUGACUGUCCCAGAAAUCUCUCCAGAAGAUCAUAAACCACCAAAGCAGAAGGAGCAGAAGAAAACAAAGAAGAAGAAGAAAGCAAAGACAAAGACAAGAACCAACUGGAAAUGCUUUUGUAUUCCUUCUUGCCUAAGGCUGCAAGCAAGAGACGCCAGGAACCAAGGAUCCCUAAAGCCGGACUCCAUCAACGGCCAUGCCAUGAAGGUCCUCACCAGAGUUGAGGGUUUACCAGAUGACUCGUACAUUUCUUGCUUGGCAGACAGACUCGUUGAGAUAGUGGAUCGUUCCAGAUUUCCCGAUGGGAAGAAAAACAUCCCACUAAUGGAACGUGCAUUGAGUCUAGAAGAAGAUGGUGGCUCGACCAGUAAGCCAAUCCCACCUGCUGCUGUUGAUGGACUAGACGACGAAGAAAAGGUUAUUGAUGCAAUAGUUGCCUUGUUACGGAAGUCCGGAGAUGAGCUGACGGAAAAGAUGAAGAAGGAUAAGACCUUCUGUCAGAGUAUCUGGGAUAUGAUGACCUCCUAUGCCUUCUUCAGGAGAGUGACGGACCAGUUCCUUGAGGAGAUGCCCAUAGACUCCACAAUGAAUUCAGAGGAUGAAGUUAAGAGCAUGAAAGUUGCAUUGAUUAUGGAAGCCACAACCAGACUCACUGCAGUGGACAAUCAUCCCAUGAAUCUUGUGCUGGGCUUUGGAACAAAAUACCUGCAGGAAAACUUCAGCCCUUGGAUUCAAAGCCGAGGGGGAUGGCUGAAAGCCUUAGGAUUACCAGACCAGGAAGAAGUUGAAUAAGGGAAGGAGCUCCUCUUCAAGAGCGUUGGUCAAUAUGGAGAAAAGUGAUUGGGAUGUGAGAGGAAAAACUUAAGUCACUCCCAGGAUUGCCUCCAAUACAAGGAGAUGAUGGUUCAUGGAAUCUUUUGGAAGACCUGCAACUGCAGCACUAGAUGUCACGGGACGAGGACAGGAUCUGCAAUAUCUGUUUUAGUCAAAGAGACGAAAGAGCCAUGAUGCAGCCUUAUUAUCGGAGGGACCCGAAGUCUCCUGGCGGAAUGAAGCUAACUUAUUUUACAGAUUUAGCUUCCGGGUCUAAAUGAAGCACGAGACGCAACCCAUCCUUGCUCCUUCAGUCUGGAUGGGAGCUUUAGGGCAAGAAGGAUGGCUGCCUUGAGCCAGGAAUGUGAAGACUGACAUUGGGCUGCCUCGAUCUCUUUUUCCUGGUGUGUGUGUGUGUGUGUGUGUGUGUGUGUGUGUGUGUGUGUGUGUCUGAAGGGUAGGGUUCCAAAAAGACAAGAUGGCUGCUACUUCUUGACUUUUUGUGAGCUCCCUUUGCCCCCUGGGGUCGUUGUCAUUGUUGCUCAUAAACUGCUGCUCGCUUUGUAGCUCUCCGUCUUGAGGAUCCUUGCGUUUUUUUAAUUCAACAGAUCUCUCGCCCUCUUUCCUUGGGAAGGUUUGGUACAAGUGUAAAUAGGACAUGACACAAUGGGUUUGGCCAAAGAAAAGGUGCACUAGGGAUGAUAGACUUGAAUCUGGAUCGGAAAGUAAUUGAAUCCUAAGACACAAAAUUAGCUUAAGUCACGGCAAUUGAUUUCAAUGUACAUUAAUUAAGAGAACAAUAAAACAAGUGAU